AUGACGUUGGAAUUUCAGCGUUUUCUCAUUCUGUGGAGUCGUAAUAAACGGUUGAGAAAUAAACGUCGAGGUCGCCAUAAAAAGGAUCGCGCUGGCUGGCAGGUUGCUUUCCGGCGAAGUUCUAUUAACAGGAUGACCAUUCCGUCCAUUAGUUCGAGUAACAUUCACUCACUUGUGGGAAAAAUCGAUGACGUCCAGAAUCUGGCGCAACAGAAACAAUGCAAAAGUGUGGGAAUCAUCUUACUCCAGGAGGACUGGUUACACCCAGAUAUUGAGGAUGAUGUGGACGGAUCGGACGGCUUUGAUAUUGUCGGGGACGAUCGGAUUGUGAAAUUUCGCAACAGAGGUGGCGGAGUGGUCACUUUUUUCCUAAAUCGAAGUUGGUGUAAGUUUUGCCUCGAUGAGGGUCGGGCUGGUGAGGCUUGGAGAGCAAUCACACAUGAAGAUAUAGAAACCAUGAUUUCAGAGCUCCCACAACUAUUAUCCGAUACCGCCUACGGUACACCUUGGCUUCGAAUCGAUGAACGAUGGAACGUACUAGACGAAUAG